AUGUUUAUUAUUAUUAUUUGGAUGCUUCUACUAGUGGACAUGGGCUUAUCAAGACCGACAAUGCAACGGAUUGUUUAUAACAAUCAUGAAUGGGAAGUACCGAAUGAACCUGGCUGGGAAGAAGUUAUAAAAGAAGCAGAAGCAGUACAAUAUCGACUGUUUAAUUCAUGUAUAACUGCUGUUGAAUGUCGCCAAAUUAUAGAAGAGCUGCGAACCGUUUUUCUUCGUUAUCCCGUAUCAAAAAAAUACCUGGAGACGUAUAAAGUUGAUGGGAGUGAUCUAAUGUCAUCCAUAUUCAAAUGGGGUUGA